UUAGUUCCUAUCAAUAAAGGAUAAAAAGAGAUAAGAGCACUCAAGUGUCCAUGUCAAAGCAAGCCCUCCGUUGAAGCCAUGAAAGAGGAAGAUUAUCAAGGAGAGUGUUCUCAGAACAUCCAAAACCUUCAAGCCUACUAUGGAGGAGGAGCUGGAGGAGGAGGAGGAGGAUUGAAUGAUUUUAUUCCAGAAGUUUCUCCAAUCCAGCUUCCAUGGUCUCUACCUCCGGUCCGGGUCGACCAAGACCCUUUUCUAAUCCAUCAACCCCAAUUACCUCCGCCGUCUUAUUCUGGUUUGUUCAAUAGAAGAGCUCCCGGGCUUCAGUUUGCUUAUGAUCAUGCCACGUCAGCGGCUGAUCAUCUUCGGAUCAUCUCAGAGGCGCUUGGAGGACCCGCCGGUGGCUCAGCUCCUUUCGGUCUUCAAGCCGAGCUUAACAAAAUGUCCGCUCAAGAAAUCAUGGACGCCAAGGCUCUCGCCGCUUUGAAAAGCCACAGCGAAGCUGAGCGGAGAAGAAGAGAGAGAAUCAACACCCAUCUCGCUAGGUUAAGAAGCUUGCUUCCCAGCACCACCAAAACGGACAAGGCGUCAUUGCUGGCUGAAGUGAUACAACAUGUGAAGGAGCUGAAGAGGCAGACUACGUUGAUCGCAGAAACAAGUCCGGUGCCAACGGAGAUGGAUGAGUUAACAGUGGAUGCGGCGGAUGAGGAUGAUGGUAGGUUUGUGAUAAAAGCGUCGCUGUGUUGUGAAGACCGGACUGAUUUGUUGCCGGACCUUAUAAAGACAUUGAAAGCUUUACGUUUGAGGACAUUGAAAGCGGAGAUUACUACGCUUGGUGGGCGUGCUAAGAAUGUUCUUUUUAUUACUGGAGAUGAUGAAGAUUCUAGUUGUGAUGAUCAGCAGCAACAACAGUAUUCAAUAAGUUCAAUUCAAGAAGCGUUGAGAGCUGUGAUGGAGAAGACGACUAGUAGUGGGGAUGAUCAGUCUUCUUCUGCAGGGAAUGUUAAGAGACAAAGAACCAAUAUUAAUAUCCUUUGAAGUUUGAACCGUUGUUUGUGGGGGCGGUUUCUUUCUUCGAAAAUGAUAAAGAUCAUAUCAAUUGGUGUUUCAGUUAUCCCAGUUAUUGUAUUGGACGCAAAUGAUUCAAGUGAAUUCGUGGGUUUCACAUGAUACACGUGAAAUCUUGUGCGUACAACUCAGCAGUUGAGAUAAUUGAGAUAUCAGUUGUUGAUCCUAUCAUUAUUGUUUUUUUCUAAUUUUCUUUUCUUCUUCACAUUCUUCUUCUCUUGUUUUUUGUCUUUUUUCUUUCCUUAGGGGGUGUGCUUACGUGUAUUUUUUAUCAGUGAGGAAAACAGGUAAUGAUGGUGUGUUUUGUGUACUUGCAUGGCUAGUGCUACUCCAUGACAUAGGAAAUAAAUAGAGAGAGGCCGGUAUGAUCAUGAACAUCAAGUGUGGUUAGGUUUUCAGUUUGUUGUGUGUUUUUGUUUAGUUUUGAAUAUUAUAUGAAUCUGAGUGUGACUGUGUAGAGGGGAAAAGGAGUCAGAGAGAGGUGUAUGAAGACAUUUAACGUAUGUACUGGAGAACAAAACAAACACUCUGACUAUGGUAGUGUAUGUUUGUAACCAAACGAAAUCAGCAGCAGAGAGGAACAAAGUCUACAUUUUCUAUGUUAGGUCUCGAUAUAAGGUUUAUCUUCCCAAGAAAAAGAUAUUUGCUAUUUCUUUACCCCUCUCUCUCUCAUAU